AUGUACAAGGACCAUGGUCGUCCAUGUUGGAGCAGUUAUGCUCUUACAUCUAAGCCUCAUAGUCUUUGUGCCACUAUGCAGACGCUAUCUUCACAAGAACAAGACAAACCACCUCUUGAUACCUCCAAUAUCAAAGAACGUUAA